AAUCCAGGGUCCUGGGGAAGGAGGGAGCAGAGGCCCGGACUCCUCUGUCUGAGCGAAGCAAGGGAUGGGGCCCAGACUCCAGGGUCCCUAAGUGUCACCAGCUCACCCUGGGCCCUUUUUUUUUUCUGACCCAGAAUAUUCACAGCGAGCAGCCAUGGAUUUGUGGAACUGGGAUGGAGCAUCAGCACAGGAAGUGCCCCUGGGGAGCAGGCUGUCAGGUCUGGGGCUGAGACAAUGUGUGUGGGGAGGGUGCUCAGGUGGCGCCUCCACUGACCCUGACGGGGCUCUAACCUUCUUGCCUGCAGAAGGAGCUGAACUCGACUUCUAUUUCCCUGAACUGGCACUCCAAGGGGACGCGCUGACAGCGGAGACAGGUUGGAAAAGUGUCUGUGGGCUGGGACCCCUGAGCGCUGGGGAAGGGCUCCCACAGCCGGACUGGGGCUCCGCAUUACCGUACCCAGAAGCUCCAUGGGGGGCGGAACCCGCCCCUCAGGCUCUUCCGUGGUCGGGAGACUGGACAGACUUGCCGUGCACCGGCUCGGUCCCUUGGAGCCGCGUCUCCCAGGCCCUGGGUCCCGCCCUCUGGGCUGGCUCUGAAGGGGCAGCCGCCCAGAACUGCGCCACCUCCGCGGGAAGUGCCAACUCAUGGUCGGGCGCCCAGGUCGCCGCCAGCUCCACCAGCUGGGACUAUUCUGUUGGCCCGGACGGCGCCACCUAUUGGGGCAAGAGCCUCGGCGGGGAGCCGCCCGCCGACUCUACCAUUUCGUGGGGCGGGCCUGCGGGAUCGGACUAUACCAUCUCCUGGGACUCGGGGCUGCAUACGGGCUGCACCACCUCUUCGAAGGAGUACCAGACUUCAGAUCUCACCACUUCUUCCGAACCGAGCCAGCAGUCGGACCGCGCAACCUUGGCUUGUUACCCCAAAGCUAACCACCGAGGUCCCAUUCAGCUGUGGCAGUUCCUCCUGGAGCUACUCCACGACGGGGCGCGUAGCAGCUGCAUCCGCUGGACGGGCAAUAGCCGCGAGUUCCAACUCUGCGACCCCAAAGAGGUGGCGCGGCUGUGGGGCGAGCGCAAGAGGAAGCCCGGCAUGAAUUACGAGAAGCUGAGCCGAGGUCUGCGCUACUACUACCGCCGCGACAUCGUGCGCAAGAGCGGGGGGCGCAAGUACACGUACCGCUUCGGGGGCCGCGUGCCUGGCCUAGUCUAUCCCGACUGCGUGGAGAGCGGACAGGGAGCAACGACUCAAUAAAAAUACACGGUCAAGCAUU